AUGGUCCAUUUUUUCGUAAAAUACACCCUGAUCGGCGUCGCCUUGGCAUUUUUGGGACAAUUCAUAUGGAUGCUCGAUUUAAACAAACGAGUAUAUCCGCAUCGACCCGGGACCUGCCAGACCGUGCAGGGGAUCGAAAAAGGCUCCGAACAUCUUGAAUAUAUUCCUUCUGAAAAUAUUGUAUUAAUAUCUUCCGGUCUGCAGAUGAUGACCGAUAUUCCGGAUAGGCCGGGAAAGAUCUUCCUCUACGACUUUUCCGAAAAAGCAAACAAAGCUUACCCGCUUGCGAUCGAUCGUGAAUUACACGAUUUCCACCCACAUGGCAUGAGCCAUUUCAUCGAAAAUGGCAAAAUUUAUUUGUAUGCUGUCACGCACACGAUGGCCAGGAAUGGGUUCAAGCACUCGAUAGAACUCUUUGAAUUCAACAAAAAGGGAAAAUCACUUCAUCACAUUAAAAGCUAUCAGCAUGAGGCACUAUUCAGGCCAAACGGCGUUUUCGCAGUCGGUAUGGACAAAUUUUUCGUGACAAAUGAUGGAAGAGCUCAAAAAGGUUACAUGAAUUUAAUAGAGGUUAUGCUAAAUAUACCGACUGGCAGCGUGAUCUACUAUGAAAACGGGAAAGUUCACGCUAUCGUUUCCUACGAUCUAACGCCAAAUGGGCUUUGGGUGGAUUUGAAGAAUAAGAUUUUAUACUAUUCCUCUCAUUUGGGAGAGUUUGUCAAGGCGAUAAAGCUGAAUGACGACCUGAAAUCGCAAAAAGAAUACCUUGGAAAGGCGGCUUUACUAUCGGGAGUCGAUAAUUUGUUCUUGGACCAGGAAGGCUACUUGUGGACAGCCGGGAACCCCGUUUUCCAUCGCGUUUUCGAUGCCAGCAAAUGUUUCACAAGGGAAUUGAGAGCGGGAGAAUUUCCCCCAUCUCAGGUGCUCCGCAUCAAGUUUUCGGACGAUUUCCGGACCCACGAGGUAAUCGAACCUUACACUGAUGAUGGUGAACAAAUUACGUGCUCGGCGGGCGCGAUACAUAACGGAAAGGGGCAAAUGUUGAUUGGCUCCGUCGGCACCACUCUGCUCCACUGCACAUACACUCCAGAGUCAAUUAAGCUA